GUUCAAAACGGAAUAGCUUAGCCAAAAAGCCUUUUCAUUAGUUUUUGAUCGAAACACGUUUGCCUUCUUUUGCGUUUUCGCUCCCCACACCAAUACCGUGCAGCACUUCCUCCCCUGAAAGGAGUAUUCUUCUUUCACCGUCAUUGCGUGUUCUAGUCAGCAUGAGCGGUUCAAUUCAGCGCAUUCUGCUUGGGGUGCUCACGAAGUUGGGCUCCGACUCCGCCGUCAUUCAACGCGCGGCGCAGCAGGCGGCACGGGCGCAGCACAACUUCUCUCGUGACACGUUGACCCCUGCGAGUGAAAAGGCCGGCGUGUGGCUCGGCGCUGCGGCGAAAGAGGUGUACUUAGACCUCAAGGCGGCGGCCAACUACCUCAAAAGCAAGAGCCCCCCCACCGAGGCGAGCGCGAGGGAGGAGGAGCUUCACAAGCGUGCGUCGACCACCGCGGACUCCUCGGCGGCGUCGGGAGAAAAACCCCGGCAGCAGCGGCCUUUUCAGUGA